AUGGAUGUCUUUUCUAAUUUUGAAUCUCCUCACUUGGUCUGUAAACUCAAGAAGUUUUUAUAUGGCCUCAAGCAGGCUUCUAGACAGUGGUUUUCUAAACUGUCUGAGGCUCUGCACUCCAGAGGUUACAUUUUUAGUCUCAAUGAUUGUUCUCUCUUUACAAAAUCCUAUUCGCAUUCCCUGGUUAUAUUGACAGUCUAUGUUGAUGAUAUAUUGCUGGUUGGUGAUAACAUUUCUGAGUUAAACUCUUUAAAAAUGUUCUUGGACUCUCAAUUUAAAAUCAAGGACCUCGGUUUGGUGCAUUACUUUCUAGGUUUGGAAAUUUCCCAGCAUCCCCAUGGCUACUUAAUGAAUCAGCAGAAAUACACAACUGAUCUCCUUCAAGAAUUCAAUUGUCAUCACUUCUCCCCUGUUUCUACACCUUUGGAUCCUUCUGUUAAGCUUACUUUGGACAUGGGAGCUCCUAUUUCUGAUCUAAGUGUCUACAGAAGACUAAUUGGAAAAUUAAAUUUCCUACAAUACGCAAGACCUGACAUCUCUUUUUCUGUCCAAUAUCUAAGCCAGUUUCUUCAGAAACCCCUGGUCCCUCAUAUGAUGGCUGCUCUUCAUAUUCUAAGAUAUCUUUUACAUAAUCCUGCUCAAGGCAUUUUACUCUCCAGUUCUGCUGAUUUAUCUCUUGUGGGAUUUUCUUAUUCUGAUUGGGGAUCUUGUGCCAUCUCUCACAAGUCUGUGAGUGGGUUUUAUAUCACUCUUGGUGGCAGAUCUGUAUACUGGAAGAGCAAGAAAUAA